CAAGGCGAGUGCUCAGAAGGGACGUCCUGGACUGUACCAGAGACCUGGGGAUCUAGCUUUUCACUCACGCUUAACCCUGUAUGUAGCAUGGUCCUGGCAGGGCGGGGUCUUUUAGGGCAGUUGUCUGGGACCACUCGCCUGCUGCUGGAAUGUUGAUAUCUGUCAAGAAACUUCUAAAUUAUACCCAGAAAAACCAAAAUGGAGAUAUCAAUGCCCCCACCUCAGAUAUAUGUCGAGAAAACUCUGGCUAUUAUCAAACCAGAUAUUGUUGACAAAGAGGAGGAGAUUCAAGAUAUUAUUCUCAGAUCUGGAUUCACGAUUGUUCAGAGAAGAAAACUACAUCUCAGCCCUGAACACUGUAGUAACUUUUAUGUGGAACAGUAUGGGAAAAUGUUUUUCCCAAAUUUAACAGCUUACAUGAGUUCUGGACCACUUGUUGCCAUGAUAUUAGCUAGACAUAAUGCCAUCACUUACUGGAAAGAACUUUUGGGACCAAGUAAUACUUUAGUAGCUAAGGAAACACACCCAGACAGUCUAAGGGCAAUUUAUGGCACAGAUGACCUAAGGAAUGCACUUCAUGGAAGUAAUGACUUUACUGCAGCAGAAAGAGAAAUUCGUUUCAUGUUUCCUAAAGUGAUUGUUGAGCCCAUUCCAAUUGGACAAGCUGCUAAGGACUAUUUAAAUUUAUAUGUCACACCAACUCUGCUUGAAGGACUCACAGAGCUUUGUAAACACAAACCAACAGAUCCUUUUAUUUGGCUAGCUGAUUGGUUGCUGCAGAAUAACCCCAACAAACCUAAACUUGAUUAUCAUCAUAUAAUUGCAGAAGAGCCUCAAAAGUCCUCCAAAGAGUAAAUCAUGAACUAUCUUAUUACAAAAGUUUGUGCUUUUGCUUUUUUAAAGAAACCUCAUUCCUUGCUUAUCUCAUGUGUAAGACCCUGAGUUCAAUCCCUAGCACCACAAUUUUAAAAAAAAAGGAAAUAAAUA